CUACGACUAGCGAAGAGACGCUCACUCACAGCCAAUUCAUCCAACUGGCAUGCCAUUAAUUUUGAGGAGCUUCCCUACAAAAAUUACUGGAAUUUGUGAAGCAACCUAACUAGACACCACUCAAGCUGCGCCUCCUCGAGCAGAGCAGCACCCUUUCCGUUCCUGAAAAAAGAAACCUCCUAAGAAUGCUACGUCGUUCGAAACUUCUUGCCCUCGCCACUGUCGCCAUCCGAGCGGAAAGUGGCUCUCCCGAUCCCGCACCCACAGCCCAAGAAACCACUUCGGAAGCCACACCAACGCCAGUCCCCGACCAAGCGGCACAGGAGCCCGCGCAACAGGCUGCACAGGAGCAAACUACAGCAGCCUCCGAUCAUGCUGCCGUCCCCGCUCCAGCCGCAGAUAUCGGUAAACAGGACGAAAGCCCAAGGGGCACUGCUGAAGAAACUCCCGCCGCUGCUGCGGAAGCGACAACUGGAAAUGAAACAGAUAGCAGCAUAACUGCAACGUCGGAGAACAAAACCGAUACAAUUUCUGACACAAUCAUGAGCAACCUCACCGUCACCUGGGUUGUGAACAUCACCGGGCCCACAACUUUCACCGGGCGGGCGCAGGGUGGUCAGGUACCUUCUUUGGUUCCUCAUUUUGUCGUCCUACAGAUGAUGAACGCAAAACAUCAAAAGGCACUGUUGCUUGCAUGUAAGAAACAGAGAACAAACUACUUUAUCGGGCAUAAAACAAAAGAUGCGUCACACGCCGGAGCACGACCGGGCACGCCGGGUGAAGACGUUCGAGUUGACCAACGUGAAGUGGAUCGGCGACGACGCGGAGAAGGGGAUCCGGGCGUUCAAGAAGAAGAUGCAAGACAAGGCCCUCGUGCUGGUCCGGGACGCGCCGCAGAAAUACCAGUCCUACGUCGCGGAAACGUGGGACGAAGCCGCCGCUCGGGAUGGCGAAUGGGGAGCGGGUAUAUAUGAUGCGCAUGCUCAAUCAUUGUCGUGCCCAUGCAACCACACAAAUGUAGUGGCUUCAUCUCAUCUUCAUGCGUGGCUACAAAUCUAUAAACGCAAAACACCAUUAUCAGAAAACCGCGUCCCGAACGCCACCAAGUACCCGAAGACCAUCCUGGACGCCUGGUUGUUUGAGGGUGUCCACUAUGCAAUGCAAAAGCAUCGUACUAGUAUAAAUUGCAUUGCAAAUUAGCCCAGCAUUACGAAUUAAAUCUGUAGUGCUGAUUUGCCUUGAGAAAGAGAUUUGUAAUGCAUGAAUGCAAUUACUACGAGUACGAUACUUUUGCAAUGCAUAUCCACAUUGGGCAGACCCUGGUGGAUGAGUACCCGCAGCUGUACCAGUGGGCGGAAGAGGAGGACCAGAUCGAGGUGGACGAGGACAUCCAGCGGGCCCAGAACGUCGUCGACCGCAUUGUGCGCGACGAUCUGCGGGACCGGUCGGACAACAAGGAGGCGCUGACCGAGGAGGACUUUGCCCAGCACAAAACCAAGCUCCUCGAAACCGAUGAGACCCUGCAGAAACUCCAGCACAACCGGCACAUCAUGCAGAAGGCCACUUCGUUUGUCCGCGAAUACAAGAUGAAAACGCUGCAGGAGUUACUCGCCACGGUGGUCGGAAAAGAAAAGGCGAACGAGGCACUGAACGGAGGAGCUGCUGGUUCGGGCAACAAAAAGACCACGGGAAACAAGAAGAAAGAGGGUAAUAAAAGUGGUGCGAAGGAAAAGAAAUCCUUCUUCGCCAAGGACUUUUUGCAGUACCUGUCCGCGAUCUUCGUGGUCAUCGUGGUUUCCAUCGGCGCGGCGUGCAACUUCGGGCGCGGACAGAAAAAGUACAAGACCAAGCCGAGCCGCGCUUUCAUCGAAAGGGAACAGCGGUCGUUGUGAUUUUUUUCUUGGUGCGUAUCAUGAUGACUACGCUUGUUUAAUAUUCCGGUUGCAAGGAAUGUAACGCAAGGGAAGUGCGCAAUGCCAAUUUUUUCAAAAUAUUGCUAAAAAUUUUUGUGUGCGCGACAUCAUUCUCACGUCAACGGCAUGUGUUUGAAAAACAACUUUUCAAUUUAAGGUUCUCAUUCAGUUUCACCGUCAGACGAGUUUUGUGUACGUAAGUUAGUAGUUUGUUUUCGUCAUUCUGUUUUUGUCAUUUGGUUGCUUUCUCAGUUGCUCACAUCUUCUGCCAAACUCACAGACCAUUAGAUACUCGUUGUGGUGCCCUUUUCAUUUCAACGCCACAGAAUCAGCCUGCAAUCCUGCAGCCGAAUCCACAAUGCGGAACCGCCACUGCACACUGCAGUGCCGUUUUACGGUAGUGCGUGUCUGUGGAUGAGAUUCUUGAAGCACGUCCUUCCGAAACGAAAUCCAGCCCGAAAGCCAUUGCCCACAAACCCCUGCUAGAAAGAGCGAAUGAGCUGGUGGGAAGUUCUGCAGAUGACACAGUACCACCUCAUCGAAGAACUACCACUCG